AUGUUAUGGUUUGGCACAUUAAUAAGUGUUUUUAUAUUACUUCUUAAGUAAGUUUAAUGAUUGUGGCUUUGGAAUAUUUUUGCUGUGUACUAUUAUAAAUUACAUAAAAGGAAGAGAGGCGACAGAAAACAAUAUUAAAAGUUUAGUAGCGCAUCUGCCGCGUCGUCGUACGAUAAGACUUUGAGAACAAGACAAAUCGCUAGCGAAGGCCAAAUUAUCAGCAGAUUGUUUACUGGAGACUAUCAAGCAUCAUUGCGACCACCUGUUCGUGAACACGCUAAUCAUGCUACUAUUGUCGUGAUUACGUCAAUUCAUAUUAAUCGUGUAGCGUGGAAAACCUACAGUGCUGUAAGUGAAGACAGUUCUUUACCUAUACGGUUUUUUAAACUUUUAUUUAUACUUCCUGUAUAACGAACAACUUUUUAAACUCCGGUUAAAACUAUACAGUUUAUUUUAAACUUUUGCAUAACUAAACCUCUUCACAACGAAAAAAUUUUAAAUCCUCUGGCUGUUCGUUAUACAGAGGUUCCACUGUAUUUAAAUGUUUUGAGUGACAUCUAUUUUAGGAAGUCGAUUUGUAUCUGCGACAGCAAUGGGAAGACAAUCGACUCAAGUACGAUGUAGAUGUUCGAGAACAAGUUGAAGAAAUUGUUAUUCCAAACGACAAAAAAAUCUGGAUGCCAGACACCUAUUUUGGCACAGCUAGGGAACUCACUACGGCUGGUAGCGACAAAUAUCGAGUAGUAGUUGAGCCAAGCGGAUAUGUUCGAGCUAGUGAACAGUCAGUUUUAAAUAUUUUUUAAAAAUGAUAACUUUUAAUAUUAUAAUGUAAGAUAAAAAUAAAAAAUUUAGGAAAGUGAUUGAAGUUGUUGUCGAAAACAGCAUAGCUUAUCCAUUCCAUAACACAAAGUCGUUCCGAAUCCGGCUAGCUUCUUGUAAGGAGUUUUUAAACAUUUUCUGUGUCCUUUAAUAUUUUAAUUUUUUGUCAUAAUAAUGCAAGUUUUUGGGUAGUAUCUGGUAAAAACCGAAAUAAUUUUGCUUACUUUAGAUAAUUAUCCUAUUACUGAUGUAGUUUACAUGUGGGCUAAUAAGCCACCACUGAUUGUACCAGUUGAAGUAUCAAAAGAACUUUUGGAUGGCGAUGGUUACGUUUUAAAGGAUGCAUAUGUGGGAGAAUGUGUUGGCAAUUACACAAUUGGGAUUUACUCAUGCAUUGAUGUUGUUAUAACAUUUACUGGGUCUGCUGCUGCUCCUAUUUUUCAAUUGUUGGGGCCUUCUGUGUUACUAGUACGUUUUUUGACUGUCUUUUAAGCAUAACAAUAAAAAUCUUGAACUUUAACUAGUUUAAGAAAUAAAUAAAAAAUUUUUUUUGUUUAAAAAGAUGAUUUAGGUAGUAUUUUCAUGGCUUCAUUUUUGGAUUCACGGAUCUUGGUCUGUACCUAGAACCGUCAGUGCUACUAUACCAUUCUUACUAUUUACAGUUUUAAUUGUAAGUUUUUAUACUUAUAACAAGUCAUAUUUUUAACGUUUCGUUUUUAUAAAAUAAAAAAAUGUUUAGAUAUUUUAUCCUCAACCACAUCUCGGACGUUCUGGAAUUGGAGCUACGCAAGUUUGGCUUAUCUUUUGUGCGGCCAUUACUUUUGCCUCGCUUGUCGAAUACUUUUUAGUCAUCUGCACAGGAGCCGGAUCGACAAAGCGCGCCAAAUACGCACCACCACAAACUUUAGAUAAAACCCCGCUUACAGAAGUGGAAAUACAAAGUGAAAGCAAACGCGGCAACUAUCAAGCGACUUCGAAUUUGGAUAUCAUUGCUAGGAUCAUUUUUCCAAUUGUUUUUAUUAUUUUUGUCAUAAUAUUUCUUAUAUUUUAUCUCAUCUAA